GAUUCUAACCGCACCAAGAGGAGAGAAGAGGUCGUGAUGGCGACGCCGGAGCCGGAAGUGCAGCCUCCGGCCGCAGUCCCUGAUUUGGAGUGGUAUGAGAAGGCGGAAGAAACUCACGCCCCCCAGAUAGAACUACAUGAGACUACCUCUGUCCAGGAGCCUCCCAAACCUUCGGAGUCCUUUUGCCCAAGAGACUGCAUGGUGCCAGUGGUUUUUCCCGGGCCUGUGAGCCAGGAAGGCUGCUGUCGGUUUACUUGUGAACUUCUAAAGCAUAUCAUGUACCAACGUCAGCAACUGCCUCUGCCCUAUGAACAGCUUAGGCACUUCUACCGAAAACCUUCUCCCCAGGCAGAGGACAUGGUGAGGAAGAAACCUCGGGCCACCGCUGAGGUGAGCAGCAAGAAAUGCCAACAAGCCCUGGCAGAACUGGAUAGUGUCCUCAGCCAUCUGGAGGGCCUCUUUGCCCGGACACUAGUACCACGAGUGCUGAUCCUCCUUGGGGGCAAUGCCCUAAGCCCCAAGGAAUUCUAUGAACUCGACUUGUCACGGCUGGCGCCCGACAGUGUGGACCAGAGCCUGAGCACAGCAGCUUGUUUACGCCGUCUCUUCCGAGCCAUUUUCAUGGCUGACGCCUUUAGCGAGCUGCAGGUUCCUCCACUCAUGGGCACUAUCGUCAUGGCACAGGGGCAUCGUGACUGUGGAGAAGAUUGGUUUCGACCCAAGCUCAACUACCGCGUGCCCAACCGAGGCCAUAAACUGACUGUGACCCUGUCCUGUGGCAGACAUUCCAUCCAAACCACGGCUUGGGAGGAUUACAUUUGGUUCCAGGCACCGGUGACACUUAAAGGCUUCCAUGAAUGAAUGAGGGUACUUCUAAUCGUAAAAAAAAUGGCUGAAUUUUCUCUCUCCUAUGGCACUGAGUCACCUAUCUCUUGCUUGAAGUUGCUUCCUGGUGAGAGAGGAAGGUUCUGUCCUUCUGAUUGUUUGACUCCCCUGCUCAGACUUGCUGGCAGGCUGAUGGUAUGUUGCUGUGACUGUAAUAAUCAUCACUGAACAACAUCUCUUCUAAUCAAGGGUUGAUUUUCCCAGAGGGUGCUGGGUCAGGCAUUUCUGUUUGGCAUUGGAAAGCAAAGAUGGGUCCACAGACAGAUACUGCUAUGGAGGUAGCCCUUUUCUGCUGUUUGCUCUGUGCAUUCAGAGUUUUUACCAGGGUUAUAAU